AUGACAAAAUCAAACCCCUCCUUCGUCCUCCACUCCAUCAAGAACGUCUCCUUCGAAGACCGUCCCAUCCCCCCUCUAUCCGACCCCUGGGAUGUACGCAUCCACAUCGCCCAAACGGGUAUUUGCGGUAGUGAUGUGCACUACUGGCAGCGGGGGAGAAUCGGGGACUUCGUGCUGGAAUCGCCCAUCGUCCUCGGCCAUGAAAGUUCCGGUACAGUCGUUGAAGUCGGAUCGGCUGUGAAGAAUCUCACCGUGGGCGAUCGUGUUGCUGUUGAGCCCGGGGUUCCAUGUCGACACUGCACCUACUGCCGGCAAGGCUCCUACAACCUCUGCCCAGACACCGUCUUCGCCGCGACCCCUCCCCACGAUGGCACUCUAUCAAAAUACUACACCACCCAGGCCGACUACUGCUACCCGCUACCAGCUCACGUCGACCUCGAAGAAGGCGCCAUGGUGGAACCCGUCGCCGUCGCCGUGCAGAUAACCAAAGUCGGCAACGUCCGUCCCAACCAAACGGUGGUUGUCUUCGGGUGCGGGCCGAUCGGGCUCCUCUGCCAGGCUGUGAGUAAGGCAUAUGCAGCGAAGAAGGUGGUGGGCGUUGAUAUAUCGAGGUCGAGGUUGGAGUUUGCCAGCUCCUUCGGGGCGGAUGGGGUUUUCUAUCCGCCGGCGAGAGAGGAGGGGGUGGAGGAGAGUGCGUGGAGUGAGAAGGUGGCAAGGAUGAUCAAGGAGUUUUUUGAACUUGGUGAAGGGCCGGAUGUGGUUAUUGAAGCUACCGGUGCGCAGGCUUGUAUCCAGACUGGAGUGCAUUUGACCAGGAAGGGAGGGGUUUAUGUGCAGGCGGGCAUGGGGAAGGAGAAUGUCGUCUUCCCCAUCACGACAGCGUGUAUUCGCGACCUUACCAUCAGAGGAUCAAUCCGGUAUACAACCGGCUGCUAUCCCACUGCAGUGGAUUUGAUCGCCAGUGGAAAGAUCGACGUUAAGCGACUCAUCACGGAUCGAUACACGUUCGAAAGAGCAGAAGAGGCGUUUGAAUUGGUGAGGCAAGGCAAGGAGAGCGUCAUUAAGGUCAUCAUUGAGGGAUGCAAAUAG